GCCUUCCGCCUCGGCGUUCUCGAAUCCGUGAUGCAACAAUGAGGGGAAAGAUGCCUCUGAGCACGUGCAGAGUAAGGCGCUGCGAGCUGGCCCGACACAUCUGGGGCGAAGGACCGGAUUCUCAGCUGUUCUGAGGGGCUGAAGUGGAUUCCUAAAGACAGAAGGCCUCUUCUGGAAUACAGUAGUCAUGCCCCCCGACAAGGAUGCCCCAGGAUGCCUUGGCUCGCCUCCAGGCUUGAUUUGCUUGCCACCCAUCUCUGAGGACCUCCAGUUGGUUUGGACCCAAGCAGCACAAACUAGUGACCUCGAUGGCAACCAGCACCUGCUGCAGACUUUUAGUUACUUCCCGUAUCCCAGCCUUUCUGAUCUGGCCUUGCUUUGCUUGCACCAUGGGCUGCACAUGGAGAAGGUUAAGGCCUGGUUCAUGGCACAACGCCUACGCUGUGGCAUCAGUUGGAGUGCGGAAGAAAUUGAAGAGACUCGUGCUCGCCUCAUCUACCAUCAGGACCAGCUUCACUUUAGUUGCCUGCUUCCUGGGAAUGAUGGUGAUUCCUUGCACCAAUCUUGUAAGGGCCAGGAGUACCACCAACCAGUACCUGCUUCUGUGCACUACUCUAGUAAAUACCUAGAGAACCAGCAAUCUUUUGUAACUUCCUUAAACCACUGCAGCACAGCCCAUGGAAUGAGGGAAUUUGAGAGAAACACUCAGGAUAUUUGGAAGCUGAAGGGAAAUGUCUUGUCCCACACUAGCAAAACUCAGGAGAACUGUGAACCUUCAGGUACCUCUCUGCAUCUUCACAAUACCAAAGACACCAUUUCUGGUGCUUAUUUAUCCACCGUGCCCACCAGCCUGGAUUAUAAGUUCCAGAACUCGCACACAAUGGCCUGGGCCCUCCCAACAGCCUCCCCACAGUCAAACGAACUCAACACAUCUGCAGUAAAUGGUGGGUCCCACCCAGUGGUUCUUCCAGUAGGUUCUCCCCUCAAAGCAACACCAUCUUCCUCAACAGGUACACCCAGACUUGUUGAAUCGUACAACCUCCAGAACCACAAGUACCGUAAGGGUGACCAGCAACAGGCUUCAGGGUACUUGUCGGACACUGUGCGCAAACCUAGGAGAAAGACAAAGGAACAGCUGGAUGUGCUCAAGUCCUUUUUCCUUCAUCGCCAGUGGGCCAGGAGAGAGGAUUACCAUCAGCUGGAGAAGAUCACUGGACUGCCGCGGGCAGAAAUCAUCCAGUGGUUUGGGGACACUCGCUAUGCCCUCAAACACGGUCAGCUGAAAUGGUUUCGGGACAAUGCAGGGCAGAGUCCAGAGCCGGCUUCCUCAGUCCCUCCUCCUCCACUUCACAGCAGUCGUCCAGACACAAGCCCACUGGAGCGGUAUUUGGCAACUCACCUGCAGUUGCAGGAGAGGGACUUGCCAACACUCUGCCACGAGUCUGGUAUGGAAGCUGAACAGGUGCUGAAGUGGUUCCACUUGCACUCGCCAGCACCGUGUGAGGUAGAAGUGUGCUUGGGGGAUGAGGAUGAGGUCGACGAGGAGGUGGCCGCCGCUAUGAUAAAAGCAGAAGAUGAAGAAUAUGAAGACGACGACGACGACGAAGACGACGACAACGAUGAUGACGAAGACUGGACUGCUUAGUCUUGGAAGUGGGCAUUAGAGACUCUGGGCUGGGACUGAGGGAGGGAUCAAGGUGAUUAAAAACAUUAGUAGCUGUUGGGAGCAAGGCCCCUGCUCCAUCAGAUUUCUGACAUUGCCCACGAUUCAGAAUUGGUUCUUCUGCAUUCUAAAACCUUUUCAUUUAAGUUUGAGACUCAUUCAGUUCACAUGAUCCAAACAGUCCACCAUGGGUUAUGUGAAGAUUGUUUAGCCCCUCACACAACCCCGACUGCUCAGUUUUGCACAUGACAAGCUGUGGCUGGUUGCUGAAUAUUCAGAAUGGCUACCUGCAACCAUGUCACAAUGGGCUAUUUAAUUAUGUGAGCCAGCCUAAACAAUUACCUUGCCCUCCCCAUUCAAUGACUAUGUAUUUAAUUAUAGUUAAAGGAAUUUUGGAAGGAGUGUUUCUAGUACCCUUUCAAGUUUCAGAAUCUAUUGUUUGAGUCCCUUCAGCAGUGGGCUGGAUGGAUCGGAAGGGUCUCUCUUCUAGCUUUCAAGCUGCAGUCUGUUCAUUGCACUAACAGAUUCCAGAUUGCUUUCUUUGCUGAUUUUUUUUCCUGGCUAUUCUUGGGUUCUGAACCUAGUACCUCCCUUCAUUAUAAUAACACCUAGAAUUCAGGCCAGAGAUACCUGUGGUGAGGGAGAACUAUCUUGAUUCUGCAUUGACACACUAUUUCCAACUAAUUAUUUUACUUCUGCUUCUAGAGUAGAAGUAGGAUAAUUUCUCUCAUCUAAGUUGCAUGGUCUUGGAUUUUAAUCCUUUCACGUACCUCUGUAACUUUCUAUGUUUUCACUGUUUUCAAAUUCCAUGCAGGCCAUAUAAAACAUCCAGCUACUCUAAGCCCAUGUACCAAAUAUAUCUUGCUCUGCUGAGUGAAGCAGCAGCUAAAGGAACAUGAUUUGCUAGUCAAUCAAGAAAAAUUUGUAUUCUUUUUUACAUACCAAGGUCCCAUACAGUAAGAAUGUAUCAAAGAAAUGGAGAAGAAAAACUAUUCCAGGCAUUUUUGCUCUAACUGUAGCCCUUCUUGGUUUUCCUUCUGUUGAUUAUAGGCUUGUGUUUCAACAUUAUUUUAAAAUGUAGCCCUUCCCAAAUGGCAGAUAUGAAUGUUUGAUUUUUGGUAGGUACUAAACGGUAGGGAUUAAGAUAGGGUCUGUGGAUCUUUUGUGGCCUCAGCUUCAUCAUUUGUCUUCUAUUUUAACUCACUUCUGGUAUCUCUCUUUCCUCGUGCUUUGUAUAUCCUAACUUUUCUUCUACAAGAAAAAAUGCUCGAUGGCCUUUCUACUUAUCUGUCACUUGUUAUUGUUCAUAUGCUCUCUGCUCUCCCUCCAUCAGUGCCUUGAUUCACCAGCUUUCUCUGCCAUGCUUUUCUGACCCCACCCCACGUCUUUCUACAUUCCAUACUGGUUGGAUGAUGCUAUGACCUGAAAACUGUUUUCUACUUCAGUCGGGUGGUAAGAGGUAGAGACCAUCUCCCCUGAGGAGGAAGAGUUGCCAAAACAGGGAAAGAAUCACUAUUUGCUUGGCAUCUGUGUACCAUUCACCAAGCUCUGAUCUUCAGCACGAUCAUAUUUCUUGUCUCCAAUGUGAUCUAAGGUAGAAUAAGCUGCUGUCAGGUCUUAGCCCUUGAUCAUUUAUAAGGGGUGAUGCUGAAGACAGAUUCUGAGAUACUUGGAGGUAUGAACAGGGAGGAGACUGUACAAAGGGAUAUUAAUAAUCUACACUUAAAAAACUAUUUAUUAACUUUUUCAAGAAUUUCUACAGAAUCUUUACAAAAAUAAAACUUCUGGCAAGAGAAAAUGAAAACACUGGAAUAAGCUGAUCAGCUACGCAGGACAACAGCACGUGGACUGCACAAGUUUGUGUGAUACAGUUUCAAGAACACAACUUGUUCAAAAUCUAUCAAAAGAGAGGAAUAACUGACAUGUGGACUGAUUACUUAAUAAAUAGCCAUAAAAGAA